UGCCUACGCCAUUUACCAUCCCACGGCCAUCCUCUGUCACUGAGUCACUGACUCGAGCUUCACCGGAGCUUCAUACAACGCCGUUUAUUCUUUUUGUUCUGCUACUCGAACCAUGGCGUUGAAGUCUUUCGUCGACGUCCAUCCGAAUUCUCACUUCCCCAUCCAGAACCUCCCCUACGGGGCGUUCAAGCCUUGGCCGAGUUGUCCGGCCCGACUCGGCGUCGCGAUUGGGGAGUACGUUUUGGACCUCUUCGAGAUCACCAAGGCCGGGCUCUUCAACGGACCGAUCCUCUGGAUCUCUGAUUGCUUUCUACAGUCUAAUCUGAAUAAGUUUUUGGCCAUGGGACGCCCUGCGUGGAAGGAAGCUCGUGCUACGCUUCAGAAGCUAUUAUCAUCUGACGAGCCAUCAUUGCGUGACAAUGCGGAUUUGAGGCAGAGGUCUCUUCACCCGAUGAACAAAGUAGAAAUGGUUCUUCCCGUUGAGGUUGGGGACUAUACAGAUUUUUUUUCAUCCAUGCAUCAUGCAAAGAACUGUGGGACCAUAUUCCGUGGGCCACAAAACCCGAUGCCUCAAAACUGGUUUCAUCUUCCAAUUGCAUAUCAUGGGCGAGCAUCAUCAAUUGUUAUCUCUGGGACAGACAUAAUUCGACCAAGAGGUCAAGGCUUUCCAAUUGGCAACUCUCCACCAUCUUUUGGACCUUCAAUGAAGCUUGAUUUUGAGCUAGAAAUGGCUGCCAUAGUAGGUCCUGGAAAUAAACUAGGAAAACCUAUAGAUGUUAAUGAUGCAGCAGAUCAUAUUUUUGGACUAGUAUUGAUGAAUGAUUGGAGUGCUAGAGAUAUUCAGGCAUGGGAAUAUGUGCCCCUGGGGCCUUUCUUAGGAAAGAGUUUUGGCACUACAAUAUCUCCAUGGAUUGUGACAUUAGAUGCUCUUGAGCCUUUUGCCUGUGAUGCUCCCAAACAGGACCCCCAUCCGCUGCCAUAUCUGGCUGAAAAGACAUCCAAAAACUACGAUAUUUCAUUAGAGGUUGAAAUCAAACCUGCUGGUCAAGAUAAUUCAUGUGUUGUAACAAGAAGCAACUUCAAAAACUUAUACUGGACAGUCACUCAGCAGGUUGCACAUCAUACAAUUAAUGGUUGCAACUUAAGGCCAGGCGAUCUCCUGGGAACUGGAACUAUCAGUGGACCUGAGCAAGAAUCAUUGGGAUGCUUGCUGGAGUUAACGUGGAAUGGACAAAACCCAUUAUCAUUGAAUGGUGCAACUCGUAAAUUCUUAGAAGACGGGGAUGAGGUCAUUUUUACUGGUUGUUGCAAGGGAGAUGGAUACAAUAUCGGGUUUGGAACUUGCACCGGGAAGGUUGUUCCGCCGCAAUAUUGCUGUAUUGAUUAAAGUCUGAAAUCAGUAGCUGAUUUUAUUUCACAACUUGUUAGAGAGCUACUGGAUUGAUGUUAACUUUCAUGGUUAACAUAUAAUCUCAGUUUGUAACAAUCA